AUAAAAUAUGCCUCUUACCUUUGGUUACGAAACAGAUGUGGAUGGUCAAGGUGUCCGGGUAAUUGCACCACCCCUUUUGAAUAAAAAGAUCACAGUAUCCAGUACAGAAACUACAAAUCGAUGGGUGUUUUAUGGUACAAGACCAGAAAUACUAGAUUGGAUAAGAAACCAUCAAGAUAUUCAAUUAGAAAAUGGUCUCUUCUCAACCACACCCACUUCUUUCCAGACACAUACAGAACUUGUGAUUGAUUUACUUGCUUAUUCCGAUCCUGAACAGUCAUUCUUGGACUAUGUAAAGUCGUUUGUAAAGACAGACUUCAUUCAUGAGAAAGUCAAAGUAGAAAUCAGACCAAGAGUGGAAAGUAAAGAUCAGAUGAUUUCUACUUUAUGUCGUGUGAUUGUGGCAAGUGGAAUACGUUUGGGUGAUGUCCUGCCUGAAUUGAACCAAGAAUGGUAUCAACCUACACGCACAUUGGUACAGCAGGCAACUGAUUUGCUGAAUGAUAGUCCAGGUCCAGUGCAUAUCUCAAGUACUGAUGCUCCACUGGAUGUUCAGGUGGAAUAAAAUUAUGCAAGAUCAAACACAAUACGAAUUAAAAAGCCGCAUUUAAUCUGUAAAUGAGCCAUGACCAUCAUAAAACAAAAAAAAAAUAAUACUUUUCAUACAAACAGAAGUUGUUUAUUGAUAUUAUCUAUCUAUCUAUUUAUCAUAAAAGAAAAGACUCUGCUUUAAAUUCAAAAAAAAGCAGCAUUCUUAAAUAGGCUGCUAAUUGUUUAAACAUCAUUUGCUG